AUGUCUAACAAACGGAGAUUUGAUGAGGCUGCCCUUGAGGGCUACGACGACGAGCUGUUGAUGCCCAAUGCUGGAGAUACUGUUGACGAUGCGUUGCUCUUCGAAAAUAUACAGCUUAGCCCCCCAAACCCCGAACUUGUCGAACAGACAAUCUCGCAGCAGGUCGAGACUGCUGAGAUACCUUCUGCUACAGCUGUUCCUGAGGAAAUCUCAACAACCAGACCUCCACUUGAAGAUCGCGAUGCCCCUAUAACCACUGCCUUGGAAGCUACCGAUCCCUCAAGGGCUGUGUUGGAGGCCACGCAAGAAUUGGAAGAUGCUACAGCUCAUCAAAAUGUGCGGAAGCCACCAAAGAAAAAAGCUCGGAAAAAUCAUGAACCUACGCAAAAUAGAGGUAAAUUAGAUUGGAGAGAUGCAUACCUCACUAAUCACCAUAAAAGAAAAAAUAAAAUGAUGGCCGAAUGGGUAGCGGCAAAGGAGAAGCACGAGAAAGCGCUGAAAGAAGAAUACCCAAAAGAAAAAUACCCAGAUGGGGCCCCUGACGACAAACAAUUCAAAAAGCGUGAGCCUCUCACAAGAGCGCCUACAGCUUGUGAUUACUGCAGACUAUUCAAGUCGAGAUGCAACAGUGACAAGGACACAGAAUGUUCAAAUUGUAUCAAGACAAACUCAUGGUGCGGCGAAACAAAUGCAUCCACUCAUGUCACUCAUUAUCGCGGAUGGAGUAGGGACCAGGACGAAAGAAUUCAAACGCAGGACGAGGAGCUUGAUGGACUUAAAAGACGCGAACAGAAUUACAGAAACAAAAUCGAGGAGCUGGAAAAACAACUCGAUGAUUGGAAAACAUGGGCCACCAAAGUUGCAUGGCUUAAACAUGGCAUAAAACCUCCUGCUGUGCUUCUCCCCAACAUUCCUGCAAGAAAUACUUCUCGAGAAAACUACUCUUGGGGAAACUUUUCCUCUCUGCCGACCUUUCCUACCUAUACUUCCUGGCCAAGCCUCGUAGGCACAGAACACCGCAGGGACUACAGCGGGAAAGGCACCGCGCAAGUUCCGGCAGCUAGAAGCUUGGAUCUUAAUCAAUUGAACCAUCCUGGCCUAGACACCGUUGUCAGUGGUCCGUCACAAACGGCUCCUAGCUAUCAUCCGCAACAGAAUGGAGAAGGACUUGGUUCACUGACUAAUUACCCCCAAAUUGGCCGUCUCCAACCAGAUACUCUCCAUCAAGACACAGCCGUUAAUUCUUACCGUGAGCGGUUUCACCAACCCCUCGACGGCCAGAUGGAUGGAAUGCCUCACGGGCUCCCCACUCCCCAGUACAGUGUUUUUAAUCCCCCACUGGGUCAAGGGCUUCCGCCUUUGCAAACCUUUCCCUCGCAAUAUCCUGCGCCGCUGCAGAUCCAACAACUUCAUAACAACCAGAUAGGUUACUAUACUUCUCCUCCUGCACAGGUCAUUGCCCAGGGAGCUCAUCCGGUUAAACCUGACUCAUCCUACGUCUACGACAACCCGCAGACUGAGGAUGCCCCUUCUUUGCAACAGUCAGCAGAAGACAACGAAUUAUAUGAGGAGUGA